AUGUUCAAGUAUCGGAUCCGCAUGUUUUUUAACGAACUGAAGGUCCUGGUUUUUAUGCGAUCCGAUUCGAGAGCGUCCAGCACAGACGUCGAUACACGGUCGACCACCAUGCGAGGACUAGGGAUGGGCGGCUGCGGCUGGCCUCCCUUUGUCGACUGCCAUUCUCGGGAUGAUGAGGAGGAGUACUACGGCAGCGAUCCGCGACCCCGGAGCCUCGCUUUUGAGGAUAAAGACCCCAAACUGCAAUUGGGUCUUGACGCCGUGUCUCUGGCCAGCACCACUAGCAGCCAACGCACGCCACAAUGUCGGAUCUGUUUCCAAGGCCCAGAGCAGGGGGAGCUGUUGAGCCCGUGUCGCUGCGACGGCUCGGUGCGCUGCACCCACCAGCCCUGCCUCAUCCGCUGGAUCUCCGAGAGGGGCUCCUGGAGCUGUGAGCUCUGCUACUUCAAGUACCAGGUCCUGGCGAUCAGCACCAAGAACCCCCUGCAGUGGCAGGCCAUCUCUCUGACCGUGAUCGAGAAGGUCCAGAUCGCCGCCAUCAUCCUGGGCUCGCUGUUCCUCAUCGCGAGCAUCUCCUGGCUCAUCUGGUCCUCCCUCAGCCCCUCGGCCAAGUGGCAGCGGCAGGACCUGCUCUUCCAGAUCUGCUACGGCAUGUACGGCUUCAUGGACAUCGUGUGCAUAGGCCUCAUAAUCCACGAGGGCUCGUCCGUGUACCGGAUCUUCAAGCGCUGGCAGGCUGUCAACCAGCAGUGGAAGGUCCUGAACUACGAGAAGGCCAAGGACCUGGGCGACCCGCUCAGCUCCAGCAGCAAGGCGGGGGGCCGCGCCGGCCGUGGCAACGUCCCCCACGGCCUGGGCAGCGGCGGGGGGCCGGGCGGGGGGCCGGGCGGCGUGGGGGCGGGCCGCCAGAGCAGGAGGCUCAGGACUAUUCUGAACCAGCACUGUGGCUACACCAUCCUGCACAUCCUGAGCCAGCUGCGGCCCCACGACCCGCGGCUCGGCGCGGCCGCCAGCCGCGAGGUGGUGAUGAGGGUCACCACCGUGUGAGGGCUCCCCACAGUGCCACGCCGGCUCAGGGCCACAGACUCAGUGACACGAGGCAGCAGCUCCAGGCCCGUCUGGACGAGGGGCCCGUCUGGAGGGCCACGAGACGUUACGACCCGGACCGGAGGAUUAUCCCAUCGCACUCUGCUCAGCCUGGUGCUCCUUUAGAGAAGAACUGAGGAGGAGGAGGCUGAGGGUGAUGAAGAUGAGGAGGGUGAUGAUGAUGAUGAUGGUGAUGACGAUGAUGAUGAUGAUGAUGAUGAUGACGAUGAUGACAAUGAUGAAGGUGAUGUUAGUGAAGGUGAUGGUGACGAUAGUGGAGAUGCUGAUAACGAGAACGAUGAUGAUGUCGGGGUGAUGAUGGUGAUGGUAGUGGAGGUGAUGAUGGAGAGGAAAAUAAUACGUAAGACAUCAAGCGUGAAAAUGUGAAAAGUUAAAAAAAUAAGUAAACAGGCUUUAUAUCCAAGAAGACCUUUUCCAGUUCAAUACCAGAAUGCACAAGACAUGGUCUUCAUCCUUUGAUCCGUUUGUUUGUAUCUUUUAUUUUUGCAUUGUUUUCUAAACCACUUUUCUUUUGGAUUUAAUGAUAAUCAUGUAACUUCAUACAUUUCCAAUCAGCAAUGUGUAAUUAUCUUACAAUUAUUAUCUUACAAUUUAUAAGAGCUAAUGAUUAACAGACCGACAACUCGGGAGCAAAACACAAUCACUCCACAAACGACAACACAGCUACAGAAGUGUCCUAACAAAACACACCACAAACAACAGCAACAACACAAAUACAGAAGUGUACUAACAAAGCACACCACAAACAACAACAACAACAACAAAAACAAAUACAGAAGUGUACUAACAAAACACACCACAAACAACAGCAACACAACUACAAAGGUUUCCUAACAAAACACACCACAAACAACAUCACCAACAACAACACAAAUACAGAAGUGUACUAACAAAACAAACCACAAACAACACAACAACAACACACAUAAAGAGGUGUACUAACAAAACACACCAUAAACAACACAACAACAACAACACAAAUAAAGAGGUGUACUAACAAAAGACACCACAGACAACAGCAACAACAACACAAAUACAGAAGUGUCCUACAAAACACACCACAAACAACAACACAAAUACAGAGGGGGCAUACACCAAAUAUCUCCGCAAUAACAAAACGUAUGUACAUUUCACAGGGGAUUUUGCAUGGGUAUAUCAUUUUAUCCUUCAUCACAUUACAUACGCACAUAACAAAUUUGCUCUAUUUCGAAUGGUGCUUGCCAAAAUGAACACUUUGAAACAUCUCUCAUUGCACCAACCUUUUGUCCAUGACAAAUGACAGUGUGUUACGGCUAUUUCAGCUAAAUACAGAAUGUUGCUGCUGUGUGCUGAUUUGAUAACAAGUAAACUAUUGAAUUAAAAUAGGGAUCAGAUGAUCUCUUACCAUUCAGUCUCAA